UGCAUCGGGCAGGGUGGCUCCAGGAUGUUAGGGACUGUGAAGAUGGAAGGGCAUGAGAGCAGCGACUGGAACAGCUACUACGCGGACACACAGGAGGCCUACUCCUCCGUCCCCGUCAGCAACAUGAACUCGGGCCUGGGCUCUAUGAACUCCAUGAACACCUACAUGACCAUGAACACCAUGACCACGAGCGGCAACAUGACCCCAGCUUCGUUCAACAUGUCCUACGCAAACCCGGGCCUGGGCGCCGGCCUGAGUCCGGGCGCCGUGGCUGGCAUGCCGGGCGGCUCCGCGGGCGCCAUGAACAGCAUGACGGCGGCGGGCGUGACGGCCAUGGGGACGACGCUGAGCCCGGGCAGCAUGAGCGCCAUGGGCGCGCAGCCCGCGGCCUCCAUGAACGGCCUGGGCCCCUACGCGGCUGCCAUGAACCCGUGCAUGAGCCCCAUGGCGUACGCGCCGUCCAACCUGGGCCGCAACCGGGCGGGGGGCGGCGGCGACGCCAAGACUUUCAAGCGCAGCUACCCGCACGCUAAGCCGCCUUACUCGUACAUCUCGCUCAUCACCAUGGCCAUCCAGCAGGCGCCCAGCAAGAUGCUCACGCUAAGCGAGAUCUACCAGUGGAUCAUGGACCUCUUCCCUUAUUACCGGCAGAAUCAGCAGCGGUGGCAGAACUCCAUCCGGCACUCGCUCUCCUUCAACGACUGCUUCGUCAAAGUGGCGCGCUCCCCGGACAAGCCGGGCAAGGGCUCCUACUGGACGCUGCACCCGGACUCCGGCAACAUGUUUGAGAACGGUUGUUACUUGCGCCGCCAGAAGCGCUUCAAGUGUGAGAAGCAGCCGGGGGCCGGGGGCGGAAGCGGGAGCGGGGGUGGCGGCGGCGGCGGCGGCGGCGGCGCCAAGGGCGGUCCUGAGAGCCGCAAGGACCCCUCGAGUGCCGCCAACCCCACUGCCAACUCGCCCCUUCAUCGGGGCGUGCACGGUAAGGCAGGCCAGCUAGAGGGCGCGCCGGCCCCUGGGCCGGCUGCCAGCCCCCAGACUCUGGACCACAGCGGGGCGACGGCGACAGGGGGCGCCUCGGAGUUGAAGACUCCAUCCUCCUCGGCUGCGCCCCCGAUCAGCUCCGGGCCCGGGGCACUGGUAUCUGUGCCCCCCUCCCACCCGGCGCAUGGCCUGGCCCCCCACGAGUCCCAGCUGCACCUGAAAGGAGACCCCCAUUACUCUUUCAACCACCCCUUCUCCAUCAACAACCUCAUGUCCUCCUCGGAGCAGCAGCACAAGCUGGACUUCAAGGCAUAUGAGCAGGCACUACAGUACUCGCCCUAUGGCGCUGCGUUGCCCGCCAGCCUGCCCCUCGGCAGCGCCUCGGUGGCCACCAGGAGCCCCAUCGAGCCCUCAGCCCUGGAGCCGGCCUACUACCAAGGUGUGUAUUCCAGACCCGUCCUAAACACUUCCUAGCUCCCUGGGACUGGGGGUUUGUCUGGCAUGGCCAUGCUGGUAGCAAGAGAGAGA